CUCGUACUUGAAUCAUUCGGCCUAUUCAUAAGUAUUAAUAACAGAGGAUUGUCUCCUCUUAAAAACUUAAGAAACGGGUGAGAUGAAAGAGAAAUGGCGUGCGUGUGUUUUGAGACGAGGAAGGUAGAGAAGUUAUGUCCGCAUAAACGUGCCACCCAUUCAAGCUUUAACCCAUCUGCCACUUAUCAUGGAUCAUCACAACCCUUCUUCUUCUUCCUCCUCAAUGCCAAUUCCCCACUUUUUCACUUUCCCAACCUUCAUCACAACCACAAAGAAAAAGACCUCCCAAGCACUCCUUUCUCUAUUCUUCUUCACUUCCAUCAUAGUCUACCAUCUCCUUACACCUCAAUCCCAUCUUCUCGAUCAAAUCGGCUUCUUGUCCAAGAUCAUACCCACACCGCCAAGAACCCAAGACCUGUUCCCAAAAUCUUCAACUUGUGACUAUUCUUAUGGAGAAUGGGUGUGGGAUGAAAGCUAUUCCCGGGAAAAGUACACAGAGAACUGCUCGUUCUUGGAUCCCGGGUUCCGCUGCCAUGCCAACGGCCGCCUCGAUUUAGGCUAUCAGAAUUGGAGGUGGAAACCAUAUGGUUGUGAUCUUCCAAGGUUUAAUGCAAGUGAACUUUUAGAACGGAUCCGGAACAGCAGAAUAGUUUUUGCCGGUGAUUCCAUAGCUAGAAACCAAUGGGAAUCUUUCUUGUGCAUGUUAGCACAAGGUGUUAAUAAUAAAUCCAGCAUUUACGAGGAAUCCGGUAACCCCAUAAGCAAACACCGAGGCUAUCUCUCGAUGCGAUUUCAAGAAUUCAACCUCACUGUCGAGUACUAUCGGGACCCAUUCCUUGUAACCCUUGACCGACCACCGGUCAAUGCACCAAAGGAAGUGAAGGGUGUGGUUCGACUUGACAAGCUUCACUGGUUUGCAGCAAAGUGGGUUGGUGCAGAUGUCAUCAUAUUUAGUGCAGGUCAUUGGUGGAACGAUGAUAAAACCACUAAGAUGGGAAUAUAUUUCCAGGAAGGUGAGGCUGUGAACAUGACCAUGCAUGUCAAAGAGGCUUUCCACAGAUCCUUGAAAACGUUGGCUUCCUGGGUAACACAGAAUCUGAAACCCAGGACUCAUGUCAUCUUUCGCAGCUAUUCCCCAGUGCAUUACAGGAAUGGAACGUGGAAAUUAGGAGGUUACUGUC